AUGAAGUCCACCUUUGCCGCUGCUGCCGUUGCCUUCGUGGCAUCUCUCGCCAUGGUCUCUGCCGCUCCCGUGCUCGAGCCUCGCGCCGCUCAAGUGCAGGUGCAAACCUGCAAGCCGACCUACAAGGGCAACCUGGUCAUCCGUCACAAGGACGGCAAAGAUCAAACGCCCGUCGUGAUCAAGAACAAGAAGCUCUUUGCCGCCGUUGGCACUACCAAGCUUCCAGUCGUCUUCUCUGACUGCACCGAAUCUUUCCUUGGCUACUCCAACGCUCCUACUGGCGCUAUGGGCGGCUCCAUCACCUACGGUCACUUGGCACUGGCAAACUCAAACACUUGCAUCGCUACCGACGCUCGUCUGUCCGACGACUCUACUAGCGUGACCAACUUCAUCACAAAGGAUUGCGGAACGGCAGAGGACAGCAGCCGUCUCUUUGAUCAGUUCAAGAUCAUCUACACUGGCAACGACGCUAGGAUCGAGUUCGUCAAUGGACGCAAGGCGGACAACAAGAAGGACUUCCGUUACUUCAUCAAGAAGGACACUGGCGCCAUCACCGGCAGCCCGCGCGGAUCCAACGGCAGCACAUUCGCUCUGACCGACUUCAAGUACAUCGGCGGCCAGUGA